GUUCCCUCCGCACGCGGGCUCAAGAAGCGGGUCAUACGCACGCUUUGUUGCCCACGCUGUACCUCCGUCCUUCCCACUCCUGCCUUACCUGACUUCCUCUUGGAAGGAAGACCCUUGAGCAGCCCGUUAAGCCAACGUUGGGACAAAGGAUUUGGAGAAAACCAGGGCUAAAGUCACGUUUUUCCUCCUUUAAGCCUUACCUCGACACUUCACUCCAUGGCAGUUCCCGAGACCCGCCCUAACCACACUAUUUAUAUCAACAACCUCAAUGAGAAGAUCAAGAAGGAUGAUACUCGUCCUGUGCCGCGUAUCCAGUAUGCCAAGACUGACUCAGAUAUCAUUGCCAAGAUGAAAGGCACCUUUGUGGAGCGGGAUCGAAAGCGGGAGAAGAGAAAGCCCAAGAGCCAGGAGACCCCAGCUGCCAAGAAGGCUGUGCAGGGCGGGGCAGCUGCCCCCGUGGUGGGAGCCGUGCAGGGGCCUGUCCCGGGCAUGCCACCAAUGACUCAGGCACCGCGCAUCAUGCACCACAUGCCGGGCCAGCCGCCCUACAUGCCGCCCCCUGGCAUGAUCCCCCCACCAGGCCUUGCACCUGGCCAGAUCCCACCAGGGGCCAUGCCCCCACAGCAGCUCAUGCCGGGACAGAUGCCCCCUGCGCAGCCUCUUUCCGAGAAUCCACCGAAUCACAUCUUGUUCCUCACCAACCUGCCAGAGGAGACCAACGAGCUCAUGCUGUCCAUGCUUUUCAAUCAAUUCCCUGGCUUCAAGGAGGUCCGUCUGGUCCCUGGGCGGCAUGACAUCGCCUUCGUGGAGUUCGACAAUGAGGUACAGGCAGGGGCAGCUCGCGAUGCCCUGCAGGGCUUUAAGAUCACCCAGAACAACGCCAUGAAGAUCUCCUUUGCCAAGAAGUAGCACCUUUUCCCCCGUGCCUGCCCCUUCCCCUAUUCUGGGGCUACCCCUUUCCCCCUUGGCGCAGCUCCCUGAAGGUAAGUCCCCCUUGGGGGCCUCCUUGGAGCUGUGUGUGAGUGAGUGGUCGCCACACAGCAUUGUACCCAGAGUCUGUCCCCAGACAUUGCACCUGGUGCUGUUAGGCCGGAAUUAAAGUGGUUCUUUGAGGUUUGGUUUUUCACAA